AAACCCAAACGCUGUAACGUAUAACAGUACAAUACGAGAAAUUAAUUAAAAAUAUAUAUACAUAAACAAAAAAAAUGAAAAGUUGUGGCUGCUGCUAAAAGACACCAUGCAAAAAACUUAGAUACAUAAAUACCGUAUACGUACAUCCAAACUUGAAUAUCAAUUUUCUUCUAUAAUAAUAAUACAUACAUACAGAUCAGAGUGAUCGUAGGCGAAAAUAAAAAAAUGACAAGGGUGGAGGCGGAGUACGGUGGCUGGGGGGUGGGUUCAGUGACGGCAAUGCUGUGUGUAGUGGCACUUUUGAUAUUUCUGCCACUCGGAAUAGGGCCCGGCCCGAUUCAACCCCCUUCUUUUUCUGUUCUCUUGAUUUUCCCUCUGUUCAUGGCUGCCAUUCUCCUUUUCCUUUUCCUUGCCUCCAACACCAAGUCUCGUUAAUUAGUUUAUUAUU